AUGCCUCCACGUGACCUGAUGCCUUCACGUGACCUGGUGCCUCCACGUGACCUGGUGCCUCCACGUAACCUGGUGCCUCCGUGUGACCUGGUGCCUCCGUGUGACCUGGUGCCUCCGUGUGACCUGGUGCCUCCACGUGACCUGGUGCCUCCACGUGACCUGGUGCCUCCGUGUGACCUGGUGCCUCCGUGUGACCUGGUGCCUCCGUGUGACCUGGUGCCUCCACGUGACCUGGUGCCUCCACGUGACCUGGUGUCUCCACGUGACUUGGUGCGCCCGUGUGACCUGGGGCCUCCACAUGACCUGGUGCAUCCGUGUGACCUGGUGCCUCCGUGUGACCUGGUGCCUCCGUGUGACCUGGUGCCUCCGUGUGACCUCGUGCCUCCACACCUGGUGCCUCCACGUGACCUGGUGCCUCCACGUGACCUGGUGCCUCCACGUGACCUGGUGCCUCCACGUGACUUGGUGCCUCCACGUGACUUGGUGCCCCCGUGUGACCUGGUGCCUCCACGUGACCUGGUGCCUCCACGUGACCUGGUGCCUCCACGUGACCUGGUGCCUCCACGUGACCUGGUGCCUCCGUGUGACCUGGUGCCUCCGUGUGACCUGGUGCCCCCGUGUGACCUGGUGCCUCCGUGUGACCUGGUGCCUCCACGUGUCCUGGUGCCUCCACGUGACCUGGUGCCUCCGUGUGACCUGGGGCCUCUACGUGACCUGGUGCCUCCGUGUGACCUGGUGCCUCCACGUGACUUAGUGCCUCCGUGUGACCUGGAGCCUCCACGUGACUUAGUGCCUCCGUGUGACCUAGUGCCUCCACGUGACUUAGUGCCUCCGUGUGACCUAGUGCCCCCGUGUGACCUGGGGCCUCCGUGUGACCUGGUGUCUCCGUGUGACCUGGUGCCUCCGUGUGACCUGGUGUCUCCGUGUGACCUGGUGCCUCCACGGGACCUGGUGCCUCCACGUGACCUGGUGCCUCCACGUGACCUGGUGCCUCCACGUGACCUGGUGCCUCCACGUGACCUGGUGUCUCCGUGUGACCUGGUGCCUCCACGUGACUUAGUGCCUCCGUGUGACCUGGUGCCUCCACGUGACCUGGUGCCUCCACGUGACCUGGUGCCUCCACGUUACCUGGGGCCUCCACGUGACCUGGUGCCUCCACGUGACCUGGUGUCUCCGUGUGACCUGGUGCCUCCACGUGACUUAGUGCCUCCGUGUGACCUGGAGCCUCCGUGUGACCUGGUGCCUCCGUGUGACCUGGUGCCUCCACGUGACCUGGUGCCUCCACGUGACCUGGUGCCUCCACGUGACCCGGUGCCUCCACGUGACUUGGUGCCCCCGUGUGACCUGGGGCCUCCACAUGACCUGGUGCAUCCGUACCUGGUGCCUCCACGUGACCUGGUGCCUCCACGUGACCUGGUGCCUCCACGUGACCUGGUGCCUCCACGUGACCUGGUGCCUCCACGUGACUUGGUGCCUCCACGUGACUUGGUGCCCCCGUGUGACCUGGUGCCUCCACGUGACCUGGUGCCUCCACGUGACCUGGUGCCUCCACGUGACCUGGUGCCUCCACGUAACCUGGUGCCCCCGUGUGACCUGGUGCCUCCACGUGACCUGGAGCCUCCACGUGACCUGGUGCCUCCACGUGACCUGGUGCCUCCGUGUGACCUGGUGCCUCCGUGUGACCUGGUGCCCCCGUGUGACCUGGUGCCUCCGUGUGACCUGGUGCCUCCACGUGUCCUGGUGCCUCCACGUGUCCUGGUGCCUCCGUGUGACCUGGUGCCUCUACGUGACCUGGUGCCUUUGUGUGACCUGGUGCCCCCGUGUGACCUGGUGCCCCCGUGUGACCUGAUUCCACGUGACCUGGUGAUUCCACGUGACCUGGUGCCCCCGUGUGACCUGGUGCCUCCGUGUGACCUGGUGCCUCCACGUAACCUGGUGCCCCCGUGUGACCUGGUGCCUCCACGUGACCUGGUGCCUCCACGUGACCUGGUGCCUCCACGUGACCUGGUUCCUCCGUGUGACCUGGUGUCUCCCUGUGACCUGGUGCCUCCGUGUGACCUGGUGCCUCCGUGUGACCUAGUGCCUCCACGUGACCUGGUGCCUCCACGUGACCUGGUGCCUCCGUGUGACCUGGUGCCUCCACGUGACCUGGUGCCUCCACGUGACCUGGUGCCUCCACGUGACCUGGUGCCUCCACGUGACCUGGUGUCUCCGUGUGACCUGGUGCCUCCACGUGAAUUAGUGCCUCCGUGUGACCUGGAGCCUCCGUGUGACCUGGAGCCUUCGUGUGACCUGGUGCCUCCACGUGACCUGGUGCCUCCACGUGACCUGGUGCCUCCACGUGACCUGGGGCCUCCACGUGACCUGGUGCCUCCACGUGACCUGGUGUCUCCGUGUGACCUGGUGCCUCCACGUGACUUAGUGCCUCCGUGUGACCUGGAGCCUCCGUGUGACCUGGUGCCUCCGUGUGACCUGGUGCCUCCGUGUGACCUGGUGCCUCCGUGUGACCUGGUGCCUCCACGUGACCUGGUGCCUCCGUGUGACCUAGUGCCCCCGUGUGACCUGGGGCCUCCACGUGACCUGGGGCCUCCACGUGACCUGGUGCCUCCACGUGACCUGGUGUCUCCACGUGACCUGGUGCCCCCCGUUUGA